AUGAACCACCGUCUGUAUCUCCUCUUCAUCUUCUUCCACCAUUUGCCACUUCUUCUCUCCUCAGCUCCCACCGCCUUCCCUCUUCAGCUCCUUUCACUUCUUUCUCUCCGAUCAUCUCUGGUAGACCCACUUAAUACGUUUCAAGAUUGGGAUCCAUCACCUUCUUCAUCAAAACCAGGAUUCGAACCUGUUUGGUGUUCAUGGUCGGGUAUCAAAUGUGACCCGAGAACGUUUCAGAUCAAUUCAUUGGACAUCUCUAACCGGAACCUCUCCGGUACGAUUCCCGGAGACAUCAAGUACUUGACUCACCUACACCAUUUGAAUAUCAGUGCAAACGCUUUCGCCGGACCUCUCCCGACGGUCAUCUUCGACCUGACUUUUCUUCGGACUCUUGAUGUCAACCAUAACCUUUUCAAUUCGACAUUUCCGCCGGGGAUUUCGAAGUUGAAGUUUCUUACAUUCUUCAAUGCUUACAGCAACAGCUUCACUGGGCCUUUGCCUCAGGAGAUUGUUCGUUUGCCGUUUCUGGAACACCUCAACCUCGGUGGAAGCUACUUCGAAGGUGAAAUUCCAAAAAGCUAUGGCGGUUUCCAAAGGUUGAAGUUCUUAUAUCUUGCUGGAAACAUUCUCGGUGGUCAAAUUCCAGCGGAAUUAGGACUUAUAACGUCGCUCCAGCAUUUAGAAAUAGGAUAUAAUGCUUUCUCCGGCGUCGUUCCGACGCAAUUCGCUUCGUUGUUGAACUUAACUUUUCUUGACAUGUCAUCUUCUAAUCUCUCCGGUAACUUUCCUGUCGCUUUAACAAACUUGACGAAGCUUGAGACAUUGUUAAUUUUCAAAAACAAUUUCUAUGGUGAAAUUCCGGCGAGUAUAGGCCAUUUCCAAUAUGUGAGGAUUCUCGACUUGUCGAAUAACAAAUUCUCAGGGAGUAUACCAGAUGAAGUGUCGUCGUUGAAGAACCUACUGGAGCUAAGUCUAAUGAACAACAACUUGACCGGAGAAGUUCCUCAAGGUAUCGGUGAGCUUCCGGCGCUCCAAUUUCUGUUCCUGUGGAACAAUUCACUCACCGGAAUUUUGCCACAAAAACUAGGGUUAAAUUCGAAAUUACAGAGGCUAGACGUCUCUUCGAACUCUUUUUCUGGUCCAAUCCCACCAAAUCUCUGCCUCGGCAACAAUCUAGUAAAACUCAUCCUCUUUUCGAACCAAUUUUCCGGUGCUCUUCCCUCCUCUUUAGCGAACUGCACGUCGUUAUUGAGGCUCCGCGUCCAAAAUAACAGACUCAAUGGCUCAAUUCCUAUUGGAUUCGGAAGUUUGUCCAAUAUUAUGUUCAUGGAGAUUAGCGAUAACAAUCUCACCGGACCAAUUCCAGCAGAUUUAGCCAAUGCCGCUAAACUAGAGUAUCUAAACAUCUCAGGGAAUUCAUUUGGCAGUGUUUUGCCGGAAAAUAUCUGGAGUGCGCCGAGUUUACAAAUUUUUUCAGCGAGUUCAAGUAAACUUACAGGGAAAAUCCCCAAGUUUCAAGGCUGUGAAAACUUCUACAAGAUAGAAAUGGAAGGGAACGAGUUGAGUGAUAGCAUUCCUUGGGAUAUUGGUCACUGUAUGAAGUUAAUCUCGUUGAAUUUAAGACGUAAUUUAUUGACAGGCAUCAUUCCAUGGGAGAUUUCAACUCUACCUUCGAUAACGGAAGUUGAUCUUUCGCACAAUUUUCUAACUGGUACGAUUCCUUCUACUUUUGGUAAUUGCAGUACAUUAGAAGGUUUCAACGUUUCGUACAAUCAGCUUACUGGACCUGUGCCUUCCUUCGGACCUGCAUUUUCAAGCCUACAUCCUUCGUCAUUCACCGGAAACGAUGAACUCUGUGGUGGAGUACUCCGGAAGCCUUGUGGUACCGAAAGUGAAACUGAGGUAAAACCACAGCAACCGAAGAAGACCGCCGGAGCUAUCGUGUGGAUAUUAGCGGCCGCAUUUGGUGUAGGCCUCUUCAUCCUCAUAGCAGGUAGCCGAUGCUUCCGAGCAAACUACCAGCGUCGCUUUGUGGCAGAAGAAAUAGAGAUCGGACCGUGGAAACUAACCGCCUUCCAACGGUUGAACUUCACCGCCGAUGAUGUGGUGGAGUGCUUGUCAAUGACGGAUAAGAUCCUCGGGAUGGGAUCGACUGGGACCGUCUAUAAAGCAGAGAUGCCAGGUGGCGAGAUCAUAGCCGUUAAAAAGCUUUGGGGAAAACACAAGGAGACGAUCAGACGUCGGAGAGGAGUGUUGGCAGAGGUGGAAGUAUUAGGUAACGUCCGGCACCGGAAUAUCGUAAGAUUGCUCGGCUGCUGCAGCAACAGAGAGUGCACGAUGCUGCUUUACGAGUACAUGCCAAAUGGUAGUUUAGAUGAUCUUCUGCAUGGGAAGAACAAAGGUGACAAUUUAAUGGCGGAUUGGCUAACACGCUACAAGAUCGUCCUAGGUGUGGCGCAGGGGAUUUGCUACCUCCACCACGACUGUGACCCGGUGAUCGUCCACCGUGAUCUGAAGCCUAGCAAUAUCCUAUUGGAUGGCGAGAUGGAAGCCAGGGUGGCAGACUUCGGCGUCGCAAAGCUCAUCCAAUGCGACGAAUCAAUGUCGGUGAUCGCCGGAUCCUAUGGCUACAUUGCACCAGAAUACGCGUAUACUUUACAAGUGGACGAAAAAAGUGAUAUAUACAGCUUUGGAGUGGUGUUAAUGGAAAUCAUUAGUGGGAAGACAUCAGUGAACUCUGAAUUCGGAGAUGGGAAUAGCAUCGUGGAUUGGGUUAGGACGAAAAUGAAAAGCAAAGAAGGUAUCAAAGGCGUAUUGGAUCAAAAUGCAGGGGCUUCAUGUAGCUCGGUCAGGGAGGAAAUGAUGCUACUAUUAAGGGUGGCAUUGUUAUGUACAAGUAGAAAUCCAGCUGACCGACCUUCAAUGAGGGACGUUGUAUCAAUGUUGCAAGAAGUAAAACCAAAGAGGAAAUCGCCCGAGAACAUGGUGGUUGGCAACAGCGAAAAACCUCCGCCGUCACCACUGCAAAAGCCGAUCGUUGAAUGUUGAGAGAAUUGGUCUCUUUUGGAGUUUUUUUCCCCUUUCUUUGUUAAAUUUUUGUUUUUUCAAAUUAGUGGUGGGGAUUGGUAUACAAGUACAAUUUUUUUUUUGUUACCAAGGAAAUAUGUCAAGUCGUUGGUCAACGAUUUGUUGGGGUGUUUUAUGUAAUUUAACAAAUGGUCAUUGAUGUAUGUUUGCAUCAAAA